AUGGAGCAUUUUGCCAUGUUCUGGUCUGGAUGGUUUCUUAAAUGUGUUGUGUCCAAAGCCUCUCAUUGUAAUGCUGCACCGUUAGAGUUGGUCUCGAUCGACAACGCUAACAAAACCAUCUUGAUUACAAUCCACUUGUUACCAUGCACCAAGCUCUCUGAAACGGUGACUCCUGUCUUUUUUUUAUGGGAUUCCGGAAAAUGGAAGGAGAAAAGAAGGAAAUGGAUAUUUGGAAGGCUAAAGAGCAAGAGAUUACCUUCAAUUACAGCUCCACUUGCAUCAAAAGAGAUAGCACUAAGCGAAGCAGAGGAAGAACAAAGCAAGCGUGCUUUAACAGUGGCCAUUGCUUCAGCAGCUGCUGUUACUCCUGCUCAUGCUGCUGCGGAGGUUGUUCGCCUCACCGGGGUCUCACAAUCUGCCCUUCAACGCAAAGAACAGGCAGAAGAAUAUGAACCUCUUAGUAAUGCUGCUCCUCAAUCCACAUACCAGUGCAAGAGGGACGUUAACGAAUCUGCUGCAGUCAUCAAAAUUCAAACUGCAUUCAGGGGUUUUCUAGCAAGGAAGGCUUUGAGGGCAUUGAAGGGAAUAGUGAAACUUCAAGCUAUCAUCCGAGGCAGAGCAGUAAGACGCCAAGCUAUGAGUACUCUUAAGUGCUUGCAGUCCAUUGUGAGUAUCCAGUCACAGGUCUGUGCAAGGAGGCUCCUAAUGGUCGAAGGGAGAUGUGAUUACACUGAAAAUGAAGAGAUGCAAGAUUCUAAAGACAAGAUAAUUAGGAUGGACUCAAACAGUGAAAGAAAGUGUGAUGAAAGCACUCUAUUGAAGGAAGAGGUAGACACCUCUUGCAAAGAAACAGUUCUCAAGAAAGAAAGAAUAAAAGAAUACUCAUUUCACCAUAGAAGGUCAGCAGAGUCAGAAAGAAGUAGAGUAAAUGGAAGAUGGAGAUACUGGCUAGAGCAGUGGGUAGAUACACAACUUUCGAAGAGUAAAGAACUUGAAGAUUUAGACUCAGUUUUUAGCUCACAUUCUAGAGGUGGGGAGGAAUAUGGAGGCAGACAACUUAAGGUGAGAAGUAUUAACAGGCAAAAUCCAGUUGAAGGGUUAGAUUCUCCAAUACUUGGUUCAAGAAGAUCUUUUCCUCAUAGAAGGCAGUGUUCAGUGGGAGAAGACCAGUCAUUUUCAAGCUCUCCUGCAACUCCAGCAUACAUGGCUGCAACAGAAUCAGCAAGAGCAAAAGCAAGAUCAACAAGCUCCCCAAAAAUAAGGACAGGGGGGAAUGUGGACAUCAACUCUGAUAGCUAUUCACCAUGCAAGAAAAAGCUAUCCAUUGCAUCUUCUAUUAACAGUGAAGUGCUUAGUAAUGGUAGGAUGGCCAAGCUCAGUGGUAACCAGCAAAGAUCUCCAAGCUUUAAGGGCCUUUCAGUGCCAAUAAAAUCUAGUCGAACUAUCAAGGAUCUCAGUAUCAAUUCAGAUUGCUCACUGCCUAAUUGGGUCCCACAAGGUUCCUUCAAAUGA